UCGUAAUAUAGUGUCAAGGAGAAGCGGUGACGACAUUGUUAUCUCAAAUUAUUUCCUUGCGGAGCGAACGUCGAAAUCAGUUUAACUAAUAACUUGAGCCAUGGCGUCACCUCAAAGCCCUCAACAACCUCAGAACAUGGGGUCUACUAAUGUGAUAUUCCGUACAGACCUCCGUUUUGAUCCAAGUUACCUAAAAACCACUCCAGGGAUGGUUAAAGCUGCCGUUAUUGUCCUCAACCUCCUUGGGUUCAUUUGCAUACAAUCGUCAGCGUUCUGGUCUAACAGCCAUGGUGUCUACUUCAACGUGGUGGCUCUGGGCUCUCUCUGGUUCAGUGGUAUACUACUGCUUCUGUAUCUGGUACAUUUUGUGGAGAAGUACCAUAACUUCAUGUGGCUGAAGGUGGAAAUGCUCGGCUGUGGAGUGGUUACGUUUUUGUACUUGAUUGCUUCCACGAUUGUUGUGGCUUUCGGUUCUGCUGCGUAUUCAGCUGCCGGGUUUUUCGGUUACCUAGCGAUGGUUCUGUACGGCUUCGACGCGUUUCUGAAAGCGCGAGCGAUUAAAUCUGGCGAAAUCGCCCAAGGAUCAUUCGUGGUCACAAAACAGACACAUGUGACCACGCCACCUGCACUGCCUUAAACGACCGUGGACAUGAACUAUUUAUAAUAAAUAGAUGUUACCUUCUACAUGGAGAAAGAGGCCUAUGCCCAGCUGUGGGAUAUCACAGGCUAAAUCUAUCAAUCAGAAGUUGAGGGUAGUUAAUAUAGUGUAUUUUCUAAGCAGGAGGAGUAUGGACCAUGCAAAUGUAAAAUUAUACCCAAGCGAAGCUGAAAUAAUGCUUGUAUGAUAUUAUUUUUAAUUAAUUUAUUGAAAUAUUGUUAGGAUAUUUUAAUAGUGAUGUGUAAAUAUAUCAGCUGUUUUCGAAACGUUUCAUAACGGCAGACUUUUGACAGGUGAACACAUGUUUAAAAGAAACAAUCAGUCUUAAAUAUUAA